CUCCAACGGUGCGACAAAGAUCCGAUUUUUUUUUUUUUUUAAUUCGCGCGAGGAGGAGACGACGGCGGUGGGUGGGUCGAAAAGGAAGGAAAAUGGCGCCGCUUUUUCUCUCCGAGGCCUGCCGCAACUCGAUUCGCGAGGUGUGGAACAGGGUGUGGACGAGGCAGGCUCUCAUGGGAUUGUUGCUGGGGCAAUUCGUCUCGCUUCUCAUCACCUCCACCGGAUUCUCCUCGUCCGAGCUCGCCAGACGAGGAGUGAACGCUCCCACGUCGCAGUCGUUCUUGAAUUAUCUUCUCCUUGCUAUAGUUUACGGUUCUAUUGUCAUCUACAAGAGGAGACCGCUCCAGAUAAGUUGGUACUAUUAUCUGAUGCUUGCUAUUGUCGAUGUGGAAGCCAAUUUCAUUGUUGUCUUGUCUUACCAGUACACGUCUUUGACAAGUGUCAUGCUCCUGGAUUGUUGGUCAAUUCCAUGUGUUAUACUUUUCACUUGGCUGUUUCUGGGUACAAAGUAUGGAUUCAGGAAGUUUGCUGGUGUUGCUAUUUGUGUUGCUGGCCUUGUUAUGGUAGUAUUUUCCGAUGUUCACGCUAGUGACCGUGCACAGGGAGGACCAAAUCCUGUGAAAGGUGAUUUGUUAGUCUUUGCUGGCUCUACACUCUAUGCAGUUAGCAACGUUAGUGAGGAAUUCAUCAUCAAGAGGUCAACUAGAAUCGAAUUGAUGGCAAUGCUUGGAGCAUUUGGAGCUGUUGUCAGUGCUAUUCAAAUAGCCAUUCUCGAGCGGAAUGAGCUUCAAAAUGUCAAUUGGACGGCAGGAGCAGUACUACCAUUUCUUGGGUUUGCAUUGGCAAUGUUCUUAUUUUAUUCUACUGUCCCUAUAAUUCUCAAGAUAUGCGGAGCCACAAUGCUCAACCUUUCACUACUGACCUCAGACAUGUGGGCUGUUCUAAUCCGAAUCUGUGCCUACCACCAGAAGGUGGACUGGAUGUACUUCAUAGCUUUUGCAGGUGUCACGAUUGGACUCAUGGUUUAUUCGUGGAGCAGGGAGGAUAAGAGUUCUGAGGUUGCAAAGGACAAUGAGGCUGCUGGGGACUGUAAUGUGAAUCUGAACAACUGUUGAGGCUCUGCCAAUCCACAAGCUUAAUCUAUCACGAGUUUGCUACCAUAGAUAUCGAAGCAAAUCCGCGGUGAAUUGCUUAUUCGAUUAAACGAUGCGCGGUUGUUUGAAUGAUUUUUUGAUGGAACAUACAAAAGCACAGCAUGAUCAGAACGCAAAUCGUGAUCAGUUGACUGUUUGUCUAUUUUAAGUACCAUCUUGUUCUUGUUCUUCUUGGUUGUCAAGCAUAAAUAAUUCAUUUAACUGAAAGUAAAAAAAAAAAGGAUAGAUAUUGAUCUUA